AAUAUUUCCACAGAAUUCCUAAUUCCUCCAUUUCUUAGGCGCUCUUCGCACUUUCCGCUCCUCUCUUCCUUCUUUGUCUUCCUCUGACAGUCAUUCUCUGUGUUUUCCUCGUUUUCUUCCCUUCAGAUCUGUGCUUCAUUUCUGAUUGCAUCAGCAAAGGAUGAAGAAGGUCAUCGGCCAAACUGUUAGGGACCUUAAGAGAGAGGUUAAUAAGAAAGUGCUUAAAGUUCCUGGAAUAGAGCAGAAGGUUCUUGAUGCUACUAGCAAUGAGCCCUGGGGCCCUCAUGGAUCACUUCUUGCAGAUAUUGCAAUGGCUACAAGAAACUAUCAUGAAUACCAAAUGAUUAUGGCUGUAAUCUGGAAACGUAUUAAUGAUACUGGAAAGAAUUGGCGGCAUGUAUACAAGGGUUUGACUGUUUUGGAAUACUUGGUGGCUCAUGGAUCAGAGCGUGUUAUUGAUGAGAUUAGAGAACAUUCCCAUCAGAUUUCAGUAGCUCCAGUUUCUUAAUGCUAAUAUAACUUCUUUUUUUUU